GCAGGGAUGGAAUGACGUGUCCUGUGGAGAGCUGAGGUUCUACGUGUGUUCGAUGGAGACAAGAUCUGGUUUAGCAGCAUUACCAAGUCAGAAGCAAGCACACGAGAGAGAACUGGUUGAAGAGGUGAGUAUUUAUGACGUCCUGUGGGAGACCAGUAAGAGAGUAGCAGAUGAGACCCUCUACUCAGCCUUCCUCAGAGGGAUGUAUUCCAGACGUCUGCCUGCCCGCUUCUACGCUGACUUCUGCCACCAGGAGGCGCUAUACCUGGACAGAGUCAUCACCAUGCUGCAGGUGCUGAUCAGAACAGUCCAGGGUCCCCCAGACAUCAUGCUGUUUCUCCAGACAACACAUCAACACUACCAGGAGUCUCUGAAGGAGGCCCAGAACCAAACUCCACCACACCUGAACCUGUCCUCCAUCCAGCCCUCUGCAGCCGUGCGUCAGUACCUCCAAAGCUUCCAUGACAUAGUGAAUGAGGAGCCCAUUUACUGGCUGGUGUCUCUGCUGCCCAGAGCCCUGCUCAGACCUUACCUGGCACAACACCUGCCCCUGGGAGAGAGGACCAGACCAGGCCCCAGCCCCUGCCUCUACCCCUGGCUAAGCCUCUUCCCCUGCCCCUGCUACCAGUGGGGGGGGAGAGGACAUGAAGUCAGACCAGAGGAACCAGAAGGACAAGUCAGGGUCAUAUUACAGGCCUCUACUGGAGAAGUACCAGGAUGUGAUAGACGUCUAUAAGGCUGUCAACAUCUUCAGAGUCCAGAUGAUCAACGAGAAGGCUCUCUUCACCUCCAGUUGGUUUCCCACUGGUGACGAGGAGGAAGUGGAGGACCAACCCAUCCUUGUGUGGUCUGUGGAGUCUGGAUCUGACGUUAGGGUGAAGCUGUAGCAGUGCAGCUGUAUAAUGCAGGAAGCUGUGUGGGUGUGGCUGUGUGAUUUCACGCUGGGCUGGACUGUUCCUCUUGUCAGACAUAUUCCAAUAUUCCACUUUUAUGUUUGAAACUUCCCCCCAACAACAACUGUUUAAACUGUAUUAAUGCAAUAACUCAAUGAAUGCACAAAUCUAAUAAUUGUCAACAAAGGGGCUAAAAUGAAAUAAAAAAUGUUUAGGUAAUAAAAACAUAGAAUGAAACAA